AUGGAGCUAUGCAUGCAGACGUACUUCAAAUUCGAGGGUGAAAUAUACGAACAGCUGAAAGAAACACCAACGAGCUCGCCAAUUUCUGGAUUCAUAGCCGAAGCCGUAAUGCAAAAGCUGGAGAAGAAGGUACUAACAAGCAUUAUGCCAAAAUGUGGUGAUCCAGGCCUACACGAUGGCGCCUACUCUGGAGCGACACGUUACAGUUUCAGGACAUUGGCGAUCAAUCAAGUUUGA